AUGAAUUCAAUGAAUAACAUAGUAGGUCAUAACAACUUACGACUUUUCUCACGCAACGAGGGUAAGAUCAAAUCAUAUGAAUCUUGCCGUGACGUCAGGGCAUGGAGUCAUGACGUACAGAAACGCGACCGUUACCUCAGGGAAUGGAUAAAGUGUGACAUGCCGAUCUGCGUAUUGCCCUCAAGCAUUUUAGCCAGAUUUUUAAAAGCAAUGACGUACAGAUGUCGAGGCAAAGCCACGCCCCGUUGCCACCCAGACUGCAAAUCAAAAGUGGUGCUGGAUAGUAUUUGCAAUUCUUGCCAUGCAAUCAAGGAAUGUUUAAAAAAUGAAGAGGAAUUUGAUAAGUACUUUGAUGAUGAGGAAUUUGAAACGAGCCACUGGCCAUGUGAAAGAUGUUUAGAAGCCCUCAAAAGCAUCAAAAUGUUUUGGAAAAUAAUUGUAGAAAAGAUAUUUAAUAUUACCCUUCCAAAAAACGAUGAGAAAGUCCCUUCAGAAUGUUGCUUUACCGACAGUGUACAAUCUGUGGCCAAAGCUUGGCAAACUGAUAUACUACAACAAGCAAUGUAUGUGAAAAAUUACUCGCCUUGCUAUCUUCCCCUUCCCUGCUGGAAGAAAAGAGUAAAAUCAGAAAUUGCCCCGUGUAAUCUUACACCCUGUGGAUACAAUGACCUUCAUACUCGCAGCUGUGCUAGAGUUGUAAGUAAGCCAGACUGUAGGACUUACAAAUGUUGUAAAAACAAGUCCACUGAUACUGAUUGCUUAUCAAAUCCCAUGGUGUGCAGAUCUAAGAAGACAUGUCCAGCCCCUUGUUGUCAAAAACGAAAUAAGUACUGCGCAGCAAAAGUUAGGGUGGUAAAUACGGCAUGUGAAUGCAAAAAAGAAAUCGAAGAACUAGCUGCUUAUAAAACGAAUUUAGAGUUUUUACAAGAGAAGACAAAUUGUCAAAGAAAAGAAAUAGAGAGACUGAAAAGAGAAAAUAGCUCGCUAAAGAUUGAGCUACAAAACGUGUACAAAAAUUCCUCAUGGAAAUCAUCAUUCCACGCAUCUUCAAAAUGUUCAAGUAAUCACAAUACCAUGGCUUUAUUACCAAAACCGUUUGAAUGUUACGCUGAAGAAAAUACAAAUACAAACCAAGUAAAUUCGGAAAUGAUUAUUACAAUGAAAAAUUGUAAAAAUGAGGCAUUUAGACAUAUUUCCCUACUGCAAGUUCUUCAUAAAACGAAUGAUCCUGUUAUUAAAGACCAAAAUCUGGAUUGCGCAUGUGGUAAAAGGAAGGAAGAUCCUAUUGAACUGUUAACUAAAGUUCAAAAUACUGUCGGUGCUAUAGUUAAACGAGAAAUGGAUACGAUAGCUAAUAAGAAAAAACAAUGUGGAAUGAGAUCAGAUAUAGAUGCUACCUUUCAUAAAUUGAAUCCUAGUAGAUCUGCACCUUCAUGUUCAACAUUAUCAGUAUGCAGUACUGACUCACAUCACGUCUGGAGAAAAGGCAGAAAUGAAAAUGCUAGAGAUGGUGAUGACGACAAAAAUUGUAUUUGUAUGUAUGUAUGUCAUAAGUCCCGUAAUAAAAUGUGUUAG